UAUAAAAGACAGGUGAGGACUUUAUUAACUGCAGUUACAGAGAAAUCACCAGACGAAAUUAAAAUUCCUCUUCAGAUCCACCAGCAACUGCCCUGAACACAUUCUGCAAAAAGUCCAGAAAAAGAAGAGCCAUGGAUUAUUACAGAAAAUAUGCAGCUGUCAUUCUGGUCACAUUGUCUGUGUUUCUGCAUAUUCUCCAUUCCUUUCCUGAUGGAGAGUUUGCAAUGCAGGGUUGCCCAGAAUGUAAGCUAAAAGAAAACAAAUAUUUCUCCAAGCUGGGUGCCCCCAUUUAUCAGUGCAUGGGCUGCUGCUUCUCUCGGGCAUACCCCACUCCAGCAAGAUCCAAGAAGACGAUGCUGGUACCAAAGAACAUCACCUCAGAGGCCACAUGUUGUGUGGCCAAAUCCUUUACCAAGGCCACGGUAAUGGGACAUGCCAGAGUGGAGAACCAUACUGAGUGUCACUGCAGCACUUGUUAUUAUCACAAAUCUUAAACAUAUUUUAAAGUGCCGUGCGGAUGACUGAUGAUUUGGUGAAAAGGAAAAUUAAGUUGUUCAGCAUUUUAACCUGCAAGAUAAAGCCCUCCUUUCCCUCAUCAGCCCAUUCUGACGUGCUUCAAGGACACACUGCCGCUUCAUUGCUUGCCUCCUUAUCCAGUGGUGUAAUCAGCAGCCUAGCUCUUUCAAUUGGAAUGAAUUAUAGCAUUUAGCAUGACCAUAAAAAGCUGCUUCCAUUGGAAAUAAAGCUUUUUAAAUCAUCA